UUUUUCCUAAUUUUUAGUCAUAUCAAAACAAAUUUUUACUUUUUGAUAGUAUUUAAUAUAGAAGGAAAAUAUGAGGGAAAAUGAGUUUUCUUCAUUUUCCUUUCCUUUCCUUUACCCAAGCAAAAUCCUUGAUCUAAACGUACCUUAACCUCUGGUAACACAGAAAGAGAGAAAUCACCAGCUACACAAUCAUUAAACAAUGCCAUCCUAGUAUCCCAGAGAAUGAUUUGCCCUCCAAGGUACUUAAAGAGGGAAAGAACACCUAAUCUCUAAGCCUAGAAUCCCAAAUACUUCUCACUAGAAAGGCAUCUACUAACUUAGAUUUAGACUCUUUGAUGAGUAAAACAUUCGGAGGAACCCUACUAAUUAACUCUUUCACAACCCUAUGCUUUUUACUACUUCCUAAACCUCAUACAUUCCAUGACAGAAUCUUCAUUGAUAACUUAUAUCACCACCCAUACACCUUUCUCCUCUAGCAUAGUUGACUGAGGAGGCAAGCCUACCUAGCUCUCUACUCAACUUUGAUGAUCAUUUUCUCUCCCUCCUCACCCUAAGACCUAACUCAUCAAGCAGGUUUUGGGCAUCACAAUUGUCCCUCUCAUCUCCUAGAAGGUCCACUGUUUGAAAUUCUCCCUUUUUAGAUAACCCCUUUUGGCUCAAUACUGUAUUAGAUGUAGAAAAGGAAUGCUUAGGGAUGGCGAGAAUACCUGUUGGGUUAGCUACCCUGGUCAUUGAAAUCCCGAGAGGUUCAGUCCCAGUGUCGCAAGUUGGGCUAUUUGAUAUAGGAACAGGAAAAGAGCUUAGAAUUUCUGCAGAGGAAGUAUUGAGGGAAGAUGUUCUGACUAGGUUCUCCCAAAAACAAAGGUUCUUCUGAAUGUUGUUACCCUUCUCAACUUGUUUACCCUGAUUGUCUCAGUUAGGAUCCUUAGUUUCCAAUCCCUCCCCUUCCUCUUGGUGGGAGCCGCUGAGAGCACUUGAUGAGGAUGGGCAGUGCUGAUCAUCAUUAGCUCCUUCUGUAUUUCAUACGUGCUUAAUCAACAAAUCCUCAGUUUCAAAACCAUAAGAGGAAAGAGAAGCAAACUCUCUUCAUCAGUAUCCAUGGUGGUCUCAUAAUCACUGCAACCCCUCCCAUCUUUGCUUUAAUGUCCUCAUGCACCUGUGUAAGUUUUUGUAAGUCUGGAUGCUGGGGUCCUUUCUCAGUUUCAGAGCCUGGUUUAUCUGUCAUAUUUCUUUCUAUUUUGCUCAUGUACUUUGUGACAACUUGUACCCAGGAAGGUGCUGCCAAUGGAAAAGAAAGCAUAGCCUUUGUAUUGUUCUGUCUUGGAUCUUGACUUUCCUGGACAUUGGAAGAUUUCCUGCAAGCCCAUUUUGUCCCCCUUCACUUCUGUUUACAGCCAAAUCUUCCUUGUACUGGGGCUGAUGAAAGACCCCUCGCUUAUAUGAAUCAGCUUUAAGCCUGAACCUGUGGGCUUUCUUGUAGCCCACUUCCUUAGUAUGCCCAUUGCCAUUGUGCAUAUUCAAAAAAGGAUGUGAGCAUGAGGUUGAAAAAUUGCCCAAAUUGUGAGAGGUUUUCCUUCCUUUUCUAUCUUUCUCAUGAUCCUGGUCAGCCUUUCCUUCUUUAAUAGAGAUUUUCGAGAUCCUCCUCACUGGAAUUCUUCCCUUUUCGGCAAAACAAAGCUUGCAGUCUUGAGAAUACUGAAAGUCUGGGUUUCAUCAGAGGCUGUUGCUGUUGUUUGUUUGCAACACUAAUAUAUGUGGUCCACAGUCACGACAUCUCAAGAUCUGAUUUGAGUUUGAACCUUUCUGAGCUUGUUGUUCUCCUGUAACUACCUCCCAAAUUUGCAUCCACCCCUUGGCCUCCUUUCCAUCUGGUAUGCACACAAUUUGAAUCACUCUACUUGUUGGGUUUUCUCCAGAGAUAUGAAACAACCAAAAGCAUUUUCUCUUUGUCGUAACAUGAUAAAAUGGUUUGGAGCCCUAAGAAUUUUCACCCAUGGGGUUGCUGUUUUUGUGUUCAAGAAGGUCCUGAGAUUGCCCAACAGCCACAAUCUCUCCUGUUCCGAGAGGGAAAGGGAGAAGAGGCCAUGUCUUGCCUUCUUAAUGAUGACAAGGACCCCUCCCUUUUCCUCAAUGCUGAACCUUUUCUUGUUUGUGAAGAAAUUGAAACUCCUUAUGACAUCUGCUAAGAAGAUAGCCUGAGAGCUUGCUUGGAGUGGAGCAGCAAUGAACCUUGAAGAAACCUUGGUUGGAGUGGGGGCUGCGUUGAUCGCAACAAGGAAAUGAGGUCUAGGAUGGAUAAACGAGACUCAGAUUUGUUUGCAGCAGUUAGAUGGAGUUAGGAUGUGAAAAUGAGGCUUGGUUCUACUGGGUUGGGUUGGCUUAGAAAAAUGAGGGGUUCACAACAGCAGACAGUUCAUAUGAUGAGUAUUGAGCAAACAAGGUUUGGAUAUUCCUUCAACCGUGAGACGAAGGACUAGGAUGGGAGAACGAUGCUUGUUUCUUCAGGGUAAUUUGCUUUAGAACAGUUAGGGUUUGUAGAGCAGAUCACGAGCAAAGGGUAGAGUUGAUGAGGGCUAAAGGUUCAAGGAGAAGGAAAUGGUUUUGGGUAGAAAGAUUGAAUGAUAGAUUGGGAAUCAAGUUUUGAAGGAGGGAGGCCAAGGUUGCUUGUUGCAGGUCCCAGCGGCCCCCAUCAUCAUCAGUCUUAAUAUUCAGAGGAGGCUGGGCCUUAGGUAGCCAGAGGAGAAAACUUCGUCUUCGACCAUUGAAAGAGAGAGGGAGCUUCGUUAUGGUUCACCGGUGGAGGGGAAGCCUUCGUCGUCGACUGCCUAGAACCUUUGUUGUUGAAGUGGGCUUUGAGAUCAUUGCGGGCUGCAGGGAUAUGAAAGGAUAUUUUCUUUUGCAACUAAGGUGUUCAUUGGGCAAAUAUUUCUCCAACAAAAUCCACCUGGGAAUUGUUUGAUGAACUGAUCUUGUAAUGGGAUUGAAUAAAACUGAAGUGAACAUUAGGAGGUUGCUUGCUGCUGCACCUCAACAGCAAAAUCAGACGAAGCUUAUCCAUUAUGUUGCUACUUUGCGCGAACAAUUAGAACAACUGGGUGAAGAGAGAACUCCAGAAGGCUUACCAAGAGUCUCAAAAGCUUUGUUGAAUGAUUAUUCUGAGAAGAUUGAAGCUAUUGCAUCCAAAGUAACCACUGACUUUUUGAAACCUCAAGAGCCAUUUCAGGGGACCUUGGUCAAAGAGAAUCUUUCUACAAUAGAAGAGGAAAAUGAUAUUCCCUCUUCUCCAGGAUUGAGGAGAAGACACGUGCCUGCUUUAAGUGUUGAAGAUAGAAUUCAAUGUACUACGGAGGCUGAUCCAUCUGUGCCUGUCAAAUUGGAUGCUGCUGGGCGAGCACACAUUGAAAAACACAGAAAUCUUCAAGAAGAUUUGACCGAUGAAAUGGUUGAGUUGGCCCAGCAACUCAAAGAGAGGAGUCUUGUGAUGAGCCAGUCCUUACAAAAUACCGAAAAGAUACUAGAUUCUACGGAGACUGCGAUUGAGCAUAGCUUGGCAAGCACCGGUCAUGCCAAUACACGAACCAUGCAGAUAUCCUCAGCUAGUUUUAAGACGACAUGCUUCACAUGGCUUGCUAUUUUCACAAUGACAUGCAUCUUCAUCAUGGUUGUACUUCUGAUUCGUGUCACCUGAUUUGUAUCUUGGGUCGAGAACUCGCCGAGCUCUCUCGAAAAUUAUGAAAUUACCUGCAUAUGUGAAAACUAUGAGUUAUCCAAACCAUUUAAUAAUAUAUCUACUGUUUCUUGUACUCGAAAGAAAAUGUUAAUGAGACCGUUUUGUUAAUGAUGGAAAAAAUAGUGAUAUUUUAUGUGGAAA